AUGGAGUUCAAACCCCUGCGAGUCUCCGCGACAGAGCUGCUGUUCCUCAUCCUGCUCUCAUCGACGAACUCUAUCCACGCCAAGGAUUCGAACGAGUCGAAGAACCUGAGCCCAAACCUGGACGUGAAACCAGUCGAGGAAUUCAUCGAGGAAUCACCCACCGAGGAUCAAUUUUCUCUGCAAUCUGCCACGACCACGGAGUCCACGACUACUGUAGGGACCUACCAGAAGCUGACACUCUCCAUCGACUCAGAGAAGAACGUUUCCAGAGAAUUCAGACCGAGUGUGCACCUGGGAGAGAUCAAAGAGUCCAGGAUCAGUACUGGUCCCUUCAACAGUGUUGCCCAUUUCAGCCUUGAAAAUGGAGUGGAUCCUAGCUAUCACGAGCACUUGAAGGAUUUCCGGAUGUUCUUCCAGCCUGCUGUUCAAACUCCUCAAACAGAUCACCGAGCAAACUUUCAUCAGAAUCUAUUCGAUGCUGCUAUGGGGACUUUUGAAGAGACCAAGAAGGAUGGGCUGGGCCAGAGUUAUGUCAAGUUUCAAGACGACGCUAUUGACAUUCCUGACGUCCAAUAUGUCAGGCCAUCCAAGGACCAGAUGUUCCAUCAGCAGUUUACUCAGGAUGUCCCCAGAGUACGAUAUGGCAGUACGAUGAAGGACCAGGCGUUCCAUCAGCAGUUUGCUCAGUCGGUAACUGAGAACGUGGGGACGCAGUACGAUUUGGUGGAUCAACAGGUUUUCCAGAACCUGGAGAGGCCGGUUUUAGAGCAAGAAGCGACUUCCGUUUGGGGAAAACCUUCCAAGUUUCAGGGCGAAACGCAGAAAUACGAGGUUGCGAGCGUUUCGAGCGUCGAUUCGUUGAAGACACCGUAUUAUAUGGGAUUCUAUGAGCAGCAGACCCAGCAGCCAAACUUGCAGGAGAUCGAUCCGUGGAAGAAACCUAAUAACGGGGUGGUUUAUGUUCAAGACAUGGCGUUUAUGAGAACUAGGAAGUUCCCGUAUCUCGUUCAUCAGCCACACGUUGGAUAUCAUAAAGUCGAGCUUCUUAAUGGCGGACGGCCAUCUCAAUCUCUUAAGAACAGGAUCUCCCCCUGGAAGAAGAUUCUUCACCUGAUCGGCGCCAUCUUGCCCCUCGGCCUGCUCGUGGCUGCUCUAACUCCUAGUGUCGUGAAGGUCGACAACACUACCCAGCCCAACAUUGUCCUGUCCAAGUGGAGGGUCGCUGACCUCCCAGUGGAGCAUAAACAGGCACGAUUCGUGGAUCCUUCCUUCGACUGCGAAGAGAGAUCGAUCUGUGACAUGAUCUUGGCCGGUGGCGACGCUGAAUCGACCGUGUUGCAGAACAUUCUGUGGAACCUAGCCACCAGAACAUCGACAGCGAUGGCGAAGGAGAGCGGACUUCACGAAGUUUUCGAGGCGGUGAAGAAGAAGGACUGUUCCAGCGUCUUCUGUUAA